GUUCUUUUCUCCUUGAGAUCUCCCAGCAGCUUGCGAUUGCCACGUUGAACAAUGGUCGAUAUUUAAUGGACUCUUCUGCACAGUGGACCGUUCUUCUUUGUCUCUGGUGGACCGAACAGUGUUCUAACUCAUAGGUUUUAUUAAUCCCCGCUCGGCUUCCUCUUUCACCUUUCCACAGCUGGUCCACGACUUUCCCUACCGUCACUCUUUCUUUCACGACCAACAACGCCAUUGAAGCCGACGAAAUGCAGAAUCCCUUCAUCAUCAUUCGAGCCAUAUUUUUCACCCUCAUCCUAUAUUUCAAUUUGCUUGCAACUAUAUUUGCAGGGUGGAAUAUUGUAUCCUCUACAUCUUCUGGGAUGCCAGUGCCUGGUGCAGCGGCAUUCCUUAUUGUGAACUCUGCCUUUAUAUUCGCUCUUGCCACGCUAGCAUAUUCAGCGGAGGUUAUAUGUCCCAAAGCGAGGCCUUCCCAUGUCAGAUUUGAGUGUGGGUGGACAGUACUGAUGGGCAUCCUUCAGCUAGCUGCCAGCAUUUAUGCCACAACCGCUAGUCCCCCAACGUUAUGUCAGUCACAAUCCACGUGGACUAUCUGCGCUUCUGCAGCACUGCUUGUGCCGAUCAGCUGGUUAGCUACGUUCAUCAUGCUUGCGUAUUGUGUUACGAUAUGCGUAAUGGCAGCAACUCAUGUUCUUUUCAUGCCUGCCCUAUGGAAAAUGCCUGUGACAGCGGUUCCCUGGUUCAAUCUCGAUGAUUCGAUGGCCGUUUCUUUUCCCUCACGGCCAUUGUCGGAAAACUCAUCGACCACCUGGGCUGAAAGCGGCAGCUCUUGUAAUAUCUCGAAAUACAUCUCAGAAACUUGGGAAAAGCUUUCCAGAGUCGAAGGACGCGUGAUCGAGCCCUCGAAGCCCAUUCUAUUUUCCCGCAAUUGCCCGUCCAUCAAUUCCACUCGGCCUGCGUGGGCGAAGCAGCUUGAACUCCAGACCCGACGUGGUGUGGACCAGCCUUUUUCGACACAGCGUAUAUCGCCGUCCAGCCGCUCUCCAAAAGUGCUCUCGCCGCCUCCAAAAGCCCGUGCUAGAGAGGUAUCAGGUCCAAAAGACUUCAAGUGUGCUGAGACUUGCACGGAUUUGCAGUUGGAUAAAAAUACAUCCUGGUCAACCUUGACGCCACGAACGCCUACCAUAUUUCCGAAGAGGAUUGUAGAUCCUGAUCUGCCCAUCCCACGCCCGCGAUUAUCUGAGUGGAUACCCGCGGAUGCGGCCAAUAUUACUGAUCUCCACGCUGAACUCUCAUGACCCCUUAGAGCUAGUUUUUGAUUGACAUCCUUGCACUUUACCUUUCUUCCUCAACUUUCUUCUUGCUUCAUCAACAUAUCCAAUUUGUAUCCCUUAGCAUAUUCAGCUUUCAUCUGGACUUGGGUAUCGCCACGGUUGUAUUAAAUAUAUCCACGAUCGUAAUACAGUUGUAGUAUUUUGAGUUCAGAAUAC